AUGGUAAGGUCAAAUUUCACCACCGAGGAGUGCUUGAUGGUUGUAUUCAUGAGUCAUGGAGCUGAGGAACCAUUGAGGACACCCGAUGGAACUGAAACUAUGGGCAAAGAAAUACUCUACGCUACUGAUGCAUGCUUCAAGGUCGAUGAUCUGUGGCGAAGCUUCACUCCUGAGAAAUGCCCCUCAUUGAGGGACAAACCCAAACUCUUUUUUAUUGAUGCUUGCCGAGGUAAAACUGUUGACACAGGCUUUCCAACUCGUGGAGGUGACAGUGUCUCACUGGUUCACACCAUUCCUCAUGAUGCAGAUUUUCUCAUAUCUCAGUCAACGUCCACUGGUCGCCUGGCCACUGCGGAUGGUGGAUCGCCAUACAUCUGAACCUUGGUUGAAAUUCUAAGGGAGAAGUAUGAAGAGAUUGACUUGCUGGGAAUGCUAACCCUUCUGGGAAACCAGAUGGCUAACGAAAACUUCACUUCAGGAAAGCAAAUGCCCUCCUUUACUUCCACACUCAGGCGAAGUUUCAUCUUCUCACGUCUUACCAAUCGCUAAUAUGCGCCAAUCCCUCACACUGCCUUCCAUAUAUGAUUGAAAUGUCUCGUUCCAGGUAAAUUUUGAAUGUGAAAUGCAAUGUGCAUAUCAGGAGUACAUUCUGAAGUCAUAGUCGUUUCUUUCCAUGACCAUAGUCCCAUCGCUACCAGCAAAGGAUAGGAUACCUUCCACUUCAGAAGGAAUUGGAAAUUGCAGUCCCAGUUGCAUG